AUACACCACGUGAGGGUGAAAAUGGAGAUAACAAUGAAACUGCGGAAACACAACCUUCUGCUGACUCUCCUAACACUUCGCCCACAGUGAGUGGUGAUGGUUCUGAUAAUGCAGCAGCUGAGAAUGGCACUACAUCUGGAGUGAGUGAGUCAUCAAAUAGCCAACAAGGUGUGGGAAAUGCGGGAAAUACCACCACAACAACAACAACACUUCCUCCUGAACUCACAAACAACAAGAAGGGUGAUGCAGACAGCAGCAGCAGUAUCAGCAGUUCUGUGUGGGUGCGUGUGCCACUACUGAUUGUGGUUACACUGGCCUGUAUUCUUGUGUGCUGA